CCCGGGGCGGUUCCCGGCGCCGUUCCCUCCCCGCGCUUUACGGCAGCGGCCGCGGUUUGCGGCGGCUGUGCGGGGCCGGGCGGGCCGCGCUCGGGGCGGACAUGGCCAGCACGAUGGUGGCGGUCGGCCUGGCCAUAGCGGCUGCCGGAUUCGCAGGUCGCUAUGCAGUAAAAGCUUUGAAGCAAAUGGAGCCACAGGUAAAACAAGCCCUUCAAAACCUACCAAAAUCUGGCUUCAAUGGUUAUUACAGAGGUGGAUUCGAACCCAAAAUGACUAAACGGGAAGCAGCUUUAAUACUAGGAGUGAGCCCUACAGCCAACAGAAAUAAAAUUAGAGAAGCUCAUAGACGGAUCAUGCUUCUGAAUCAUCCAGAUAAAGGUGGAUCUCCGUAUGUAGCAGCCAAAAUCAAUGAAGCUAAGGAUCUACUAGAAGACCAAGCUAAAAAAUGAAUGAGAAUGAAAAAUCUCUCAUUCAGAGGGCUUGUCCCUGCAAAUGAUUAUUUUUGAUAAAUGGAUUAAGAAAAGUUCUAAUGUCAGUCUUUGACUUAAUAUAAAUGAAGCUGGAAAGACAAAUCCAGGGAGGUACUUCCCUCCCCACUUGGUCACUUUUUUUUUUUUGGAAAUAUGUGAGGGAGUGAAGCUUAAAGAUUUUUUUUUUCAUAGCUGUUCUUUAUGAAACAGCAAAAUCUGCCACUCAGCAAUAUUUUCAGUGUUUGAGAGCAGUAACUCGGUGUGGGCAGUGUGUGUUACCAGGCACAGGUAACUCAUGUGCUGUUACCUAAUUUCUGUUGAAGUGGCCCUGCUUAAAGUUCAUGCUGCUGCUCUUCCAUCUGCUAAAAUUAGCACACUGAACCUGUUUGGAAAGGGGGUGGAAAAACCAAGAGCAUUUAUUGGAGGGGAGGAACUGGGAGAGAUGUGUGGUUGUCUCUGCCUGGAGAAAUAAAGUACAGGAAACAA